AAGAAACAACAAAUAUUAUUGACGUUUAACAAAGUGAGAUUUAUUCAAGAAUAUGUUUAAUUGAAAAGUCAAUAUUUAUUAUAAUUUUUUUAAUAAAAAUCUACAAUACAACUAAUUUCAUCUUGGAUUAAUAGUCAACAUACAUAUAUAUUCGCAAUUCUAAUAGUUAUUAUGCCAUGUGAACUGUAGAGAGAGCAUUUAAUAAAUAUAAUUUUCUUUUCUCAAUUUUGACACGUAAAUCAAAUUCUAGCUAAUUUAAUAAACUUUAUAAAAAAUGGCAGAAGUUAAUAAAAAAAAUAUCGAUGAUAAUAAGAACGAUUGGGAAGAUGACGAUGAUAAUUGGGAUGAUUGGAAUUGCGAAGAAGAUAAUUCAAAAUCACAAGCGGACUCAGCAACUCAGGAGCUAAUAAAUAAUAAUAAAGAGGAAUCAAGUGAUAAAAAAGAGCAAACAAAGGAGAAUAACAAUUAUUCAAAAGACGCAGAAAAAUCUUUCAUAGCGAAUAAUUCGGGGAUGGGUUGGAGCAGCCUGUUUGGUGGCGUUAUGUCGUCAGUUUUUACAACAGCAAGCGAGGGUUUUGGUAAUAUAACCAAUACUAUGACACAGCAAUUGGAUAAAGUGAUUGGCUUGCCAGAUCCUUCCGAAAUGGCACGUUUAAAUGCUUUGGAAGAAGCAAAAGCGGAAAGGUUAACAGAAGAAAAUUCCCAAAAAGAUCAAGCACUGGCGGCUAGUGGCAAUAAUCAAUUGUUUGGUUUGAAUUUGGUAACAGGCGUUACUAGCCUGGGUACCAAAGUUAUCAAUACCGGUUUAGAUACUCUGGAAGGCAUCGGCAAGAAAACUAUGACAAUCUUACAAGAGAAUGAUCCUUCGUUUAAGGUUAAAAUCAAAAAAUUUACAAUGGAAGCGGAAAAACCGAACUUAAGUGAAAUUCUCAAACAAGCUAAAGACGAAAACGAGAAAAUCGAACAGACCUUAAAAGAUUUAAAUUUGGAAAAUAAACAAGAUGAGGUAACAUUUAAAGCCUUGUUCGAAAAUAAUUGCGGUCUAGUACAUUUGGAAGCUUUAGAAAUACUCUCAAAAGAAUCUGAGCUAAAAAUUCGUACAUUAUUACAAACGACAAAACACGGUGACUUGAUUGAAUUGAAUGAAACGUUGGAAGAGGUAAAAGAACUUUUAGAACUGGAAGAAAUCGAUGAACAAGAAAGCACUUUCGAACCUUACGAUCUUGAAGAAUUGGAAAACAGACUUAAUGGAGCCUUAGAUGAUAUCAAAUUGGGUAUAACUUUUGAAGACAUAGUAAAAUUAUGGUCGGAUACACUUAAAUGGCUAAGGUCUGAUGAACCUGCUUUAACAAAACGUAAGCAUAUAUAUGCGCGCGCCGUGACGAUUCUUUCAGAAACGUGUGCUUUGCAAAUGUUAAAAUUGCACAAAAUAGCUGAACUCCUUCUUAUAAAAGACCAUCACAGUACAGUUAAUGAAGUGGACGCUGUUUGCCAGUUAGCUCGACAUUUCAUCAUACAUUUACAUGUGUUGGCCAAUCAAUUUGUAGACCUAUUUGUCAACACCUGUAAGCCACAAGUAGAAGAUUCUGACGAAGAUUUCCAUUCGUAUGUAAGUUUGAUUUUUUCGGAAAUGUUACAGGCUCGCCAGCAAAUCGAGAAAGCUCAUAUGUUAUUUUUGCCCGUAUUACAAAUAGGGGCCGUCUAAGUCCACGUGUAAUAAUUGAUCCAUUUUUCUUUUAAAUUUUUCAAUCUCAUC